CUCAGACAAGCACGACUGAUCGCUUCUGCAUACUUCGUAUUUAAAAGGUGUCAAUCGUGGACAAGUAGCAUACCAAAGACAGGUUGCGAUGGCGAAAGUACACAAUACGAAAAGCUUUAUUCUGCAUCUUGCAGUCAUGGUUGUUGUAAUAAUAGGCACAAUAGAUGCUGAAAAAUGUCAGAGUGGUCGAAUCAGUGCAUACAGCUACCCAGUGGAGCCAUUUUACCCUGUUACAGAGACAGUAAUUUUUGACCCUCCAUUUAGUGACACCCCCUCAGUAAUGUACGCUCUCAAUUUCAUUGAUGUAAACUAUGCCGAAAACUUCCGAGUGAAUAGUUCCCUCCUGUAUGUCGAUAAAUAUCAAGCUCAACUCCAGAUGUCGACGUGGCAUGACACCAAACUCUAUGGAAUUGGUCUUUCUUGGAUGGCCUGUCCUUAAAAAAUGGGUGAUUAGACGCAAUGUGUAUUUCCGGUUUAUUUUACCUCAAUCCACUUUAG